ACACAAAAUCCAUCUCUACACCUAUACAUCAUGACCUGAAAUGAAAUCGCAUACAAUCAAGACCCCGCUCUCCAGCGUUUGUACACUGACAGUCCCGGUCUCCAAUGUCCCGAGAAACAUACACUCCACACGCUAGUCCGCAUCAGGCAACCAUUCCUCCAGAAACACAAAAGCCGAACUUACGCUCCGCAUUUCUCAAAUUUCCCCGUGGCAUGACAGACAACGUCAAUACACAAAGCAACUGUUCUCAUAAAGCGAGCGGGGAAGCACAGAGAGGGUCUCGCGACGCAGAUAACGCCACCACUUCAACCCCAUCACCUACCAUUCAAUGGGUUGGCGAGGCGAGGCGAGGCUGGGAAGAUGCGGGGAAGGGGAGUGUGAGCGUGAUCAGUGCGUCGUUCGUUCGUUCCGUUUCGAAACGUAAGAUCAGGAGCUAUGACCUUUGUUUCCGUGGGGAGACAGACGCGAAACGGUAGAUGCAAUACUGUGGUGGUUGGGGCCUAGACGUUUCUUAUGUCUUAAAGAGUACAUAAUGGGGGGGAGAGAUGCAUGUAGUUGGAUAUAGGUACGACUUAUGUAGGUGCACACUGCACACUGCAAGCACAGUGAUGGUUACUGUAUAUUAUUAUUGUACGCGUGAGGUCCGGAUUCGUCGGAGGAGAAUG